UUUCUUGACCUGCUUGUUGUUCUCGUUGAAGUUCUUUCCUGAUUGCCAUGGCGCUCACCAUCGUUGACCGUGAAGAUCCCUCCGGUUCCCACAAUUACUUCGACGUUACUUUCGAAUCCGAUGAGCCGAUUCUCACUUUGCUCACCAUUUCACCACUCAUGGUAGACGAUUGGAUUUCAGAAACCCUCAACACUCAAACUUCCCCUCUCAUCGUCGGCCUCGACAUCGAGUGGCGCCCUAACAUUCGCUCCUACGAGAACCCCGUGGCCACGUUACAACUCUGCACCGGCCGCCGAUGCCUGAUUGUGCAACUGAUUUACGCACCUGAAUUCCCUAAAUCUCUGUAUGAGUUUCUGGAAAACGAAUCCAUCAGUUUUGUAGGAGUCGGAAUCGAGGGGGACGCUGAAAAACUGAACUGUGACUACGGAUUGAAAGUGAGGAAGACGGUGGAUCUGAGGAAUUUGGCUGAGAGCGUUACGGGAAGAAGAGAAUUGAAGAAUGCGGGAUUGAAGAGUCUGGCGAAAGAGAUUUUGGGGAAAGAGAUCCGAAAGCCGAGGGGCGUGACGUUGAGUAGGUGGGAUCAAGAAUGGCUUACUCAUAAUCAGAUUAAGUAUGCUUGUUUUGAUGCGUUUGUGUCGUAUGAGAUUGGAAGGCAUUUGCAAGCAUCAUCCAGUUGAAGAACGAAAUUUGAGGAUUCUUUGUUAGGGUUCUUGCGAUGAACUAUGUUUGAGGUUAGCGAUCAUGUAAGCAAUCACUGUUUUCUAAUAUUGCAAAUCAAAUCAUUGCAGAUUUGAAGGAAAAAGAUUAAAAAGUUGGAUCUCAAAUUUAGAAUAGUUGAAAUUGUGUUACAAAUUUA